UGUUGUUAGCGCUAACCAGUAGCAAGCUAGCUAGCGUUAGCCCGCCCGGUAGCCUGGUACUUUAUGAUUAGCAGUAGAUACGCGCACAUUAAAGUAAAGCAGUUGCCUUUUUCCGCAAACGGUUCCAGUUUACCAGACCCGUUAAGGCAUUUUAAUCAGCUAACUGAGGGCUAUAUGCUCAUAGGCGUGCAUGGAGCUAGUUAGCUUAGCUAGCGGCCUUAAAGGUAGUAACGUUACGUUAGCUAAUAUGAGCUGAAACUUGAGUGAUUCCUGUGGGGAAACUGGACUAAAAGUUAAACAACCCUUAGACUAUGAAAGUUGUUGAGUGCCCGUUGAGACCACCCAGUAUACCGGGAUGGACUCGGAGAUUUUGAACAUAGAGGAGAUAGUGAUGGGACGGGGAUUGCCAGAUCCACCCCCAGAAGCUCCUCCUGAAAAGCCAGCAGAACCAUACAAACCCAUCACUUUGAAUGGACCUCCUGCACCCUCUGUUCAAUCCUAUCAGCAUGAAAAUCUGCAGUGUUUCCAGUGCUUCAUCACGUUCUGCAGUGCCAAAGCCAAGGAAAGGCAUAUGAAAAAAAGCCACCGGGAAGAGUAUAAACAACAGCUUCAGCAGGGAAACACAUUGUUCACGUGCUAUGUGUGUGACCGCACAUUUCUGUCAUCUGAGGAACUGACACAGCACCAGCCUACACACAGCAAGGACGACAAGCCCUUCAAAUGCGUUCACUGCAAAGAGAGCUUUAAAACGUUCUCUGAACUCACAGCCCAUAGAAGACAAGUGUGUCCAGAGAAACAGUUGGUAUGUAAAGAUUGCAAUGAAACCUUCCGGAGUGCUGGACUGCUGCGUACUCAUCGUCUGACCCAGCAUCUCCGCCCAGACGUAGAGACUGCAGAACAGCCGGAGGACCCUACAAAAACCCACCGCUGUAAGAAGUGUGGUCAGGGCUUUGAAACGGAAUCAGAGCUGGUAGCACACCAGGAGAAGUUCCCUGAAGGUCAGCAAUGCAACGGCAGUGCUUCAUCCAUCAAGAAACGUGGACGGCCUUCUAAAACUGAAGAACCGGCAGGUGCUGAGAAAAAGGGAAAGCGGAAAAAAAAGGAUGAGGCAGAAGCGCCUGAGGAGGCGGCGACGGCCAACAGCACACCAGAGUCAGCAGCACCUCCAGCAGAGGAAAAAGGAAAAGCAGGUGGAGCAAAGCGUGGCCGUCCUUCUAAAGCAGCAGCAAAGUCAGAAAUGGAAGAUAAGAAGAGUCCUGAGGAUGACAGUGAAGCUCCAGCAAAGGAGAAAAAAGCAUCUAAACCAGAUCUUGCUCCGCCCCGGCAGCACCCCUGUCCUGAAUGUGACCUCGCAUUCCCCGGCUUGAUUCAGCUCCGUGCUCACAAGAAGGAGAAACACACCCCACGGAAAGCCCAUCCCUGCGAAGAAUGUGAAGAGAGCUUUGCCCGUCCUGAGCAGCUGGACGCCCACAUGUCACGCGCUCACGCUGUGGGCCGCUUUGCCUGUCCAACCUGCGGGAAGAGCUUUGGCCGUGAGCGCACCUUGAAAGCUCAUGAGAAAAGCCACCCGGAGGAAAAGCCUGAAAACCCAAGUGCUAAGAGAUAAUUGAGACAUGGGGACCUUGCAGAAAGUGUAUGUUUUGUUUUUUUUUUGUUUGUUUUUUUUUAAGAUUUUAGUCAGGAAUUAUCCUUUUUCUUUUAACAUUGGAGAUCUGAUGCUCCAGAUGAUGGUUUCACAUGAGUUUGGAAUGGUUUUGAGAAUGACAUUUUAUCAAGUUUUGGAUGAGUUGAGUUUUGAUUAUGAGCUGUUGAAAUUUUGGACAACCAAACACAUCUCCUAAAUUGACUAACCGAUGUUGUUAAAUCCAUCUAUUACACCCUUUGUCACAAAACAAAGUUUAUUUGUAAAAACAAACUGUUUUGAUUAACUUUUUUAAAUGAUUUGUUUCAGUUUUUAAGCUUGAAAUUUGUGUGGUGUGAAUCUUACUUGGUGUCUUGAGUUGUUUAACUCACUUUGUGGUAAAAAAAUGUAUUUUAUGUAUUUUUUUUUCUCGUGUUUUUUUCAAAACAGAUUGGGUAAGUACAUAUUUUGAAGCAUAUUAGAUGCCUAGUAGAGAUACUAUGUUUGAAUGUUUAGAAGUUUGUCAAAAGAAAUGUGUUAUGUACAGCUUCUGGUUCAUAUUUUUGCAUUUUUUUACACUUAAUAUUUUGAUUAUGUUCCUUUCUAAAUUAAGUCUCAUUGAGGAAGAAUUUUAAAAUAACAUGAUUAAGUUGUGCAAAAGAUUUAUUUUGGCUAAUGUGCUCCAGAUUCAAUGUGGAGUGUUUGGCAUGUGGGCAGAAAUGAUCCACUAUAAUCCUGAUUUGUCUUACGAUAAAAUUUACUCCUUAAUUUUUUCACUUAUUAGAAUAUUUCAUGUCUUAGACAUUUCUUAAAUGGAACUCGUGGCUCUUUAAUGCCUUAGAGUCCCAUAAGGAACUGUGUAUAUCAUGUGUUCUUCACUGAUUGGAUUGUUUUUCUCCCCACUGCAAUGUGUCUGGACACUGCAAAAAUGUAAUAAAACAUGCUAUCCCAAGGGAGGCUGCUGAAGAAUAA